AGAGGCCGGCUUCCUACUGAAAGUCAUGAACAAGGUAUUGCCCAGUUGCGAUGAGGACAAAGUUCGACCUUUGGUUUCUCGAAUUAUAUUAGUUGCCCAACCUUUUGUUGAAGAUGCCUCCUCUCAUUGUUGCAUCAAGGCGAGCGAGAUCAUCUACACUCUCAGCAAAAUCACGGGUCUGGAUGAAAUUGCUGUGCUGAUUCGUCUUCAGAUGAAUGACAGUAGUGAUUACGUAAGGGAUGUGGCGGUCAAAGUUAUGGGGAUCGUAGCAUCUGCACUCGGGAUUCAUGUUGUUUUCCCGUUCAUCGAAAGUUGUUGUCGAAGAAUUGAGCCAUUGCGAGUCCGUUGUGCUGCUAUAAGAAUGGCGGAGCAGUUUGCUGUGAGGAUCGGAUGCACGUUGCUGCCACAUCUUUCGCCUCUAAUUGAACUUAUGGAGCUCGGUCUCCUUCACAAGGAUUUAGAAAUCAUGCGAAUCACAGCUUUAUCUCUCGCUGCUCUUGCUAAAGCGGUGGCACCCUAUGGAUAUGAGCACUUUAUAAACCGAUAUUGCAUCGACUCUUCGAUUUCUUCAGCAGAGAUGGAGUUGGUUUUAUUCAUCGAAGAGGGAAAGUGUUGGGAGCGCUGGUGAAGCUAUUCACUUGCAUUAUUCAACUUCUAACGUAUCCAUAUCCCAGCGACAUCAAUUGGAACGUAGCGAACGGGGUAUUGCUCGUGUCGAGACUUUCGGUAGACGACGAGGAGAUGAAGGAGAUU